UUUUUAUCAAAGUUCCAACUCCCUUCCUACAAAAAACUUAACUGCGUGCAGCGCCUCAGCUUUAACAAGAAAUACUCAACACCCACAUAUCUUCGGUCUCAAUCAUUGCCUAUCAUGUCAGAAAUGGAAGGCGUCGUGGCCACCCAGGCGGUCGUCGCCAUGGAUAUCACAGAACCUGAUCCUCACGAAAGCCGCGACGAAACCAAACCCGCGUUCGAUAUCAAGAAGCCCAAGCCAACACUUCAAAUCCGCGACAAUCUACUGUACUGGAAGUGCAACCAAACACUUCACGACGGCAGCGUCUGCGGUUCCUACAACGAGCUGGACUUCAAGCAGUGCAAGGACUGCAAGAGCCGACGCGGUAUUGGAGAUGAUGGCACUGACGCCUACGGCACUAAGAUUGCAAAGAUCGUCUCUGUCAAUAACAAGAAUGGAGAGGAGCUUUGGCAGUAUGCUUCGGAGGAAUAGGUCAGCUCAAAGAUGUCGAUGGUUCAAAUGUAUGCGAAGUCUAUCAGAGAAGACAUGAAUACAAGGCGAAGGAGAACUCCAUGGUCAUUUGCGCGCUAGAGAUGUCGCUUUUGCCUCAGACUUUUACGAAUCGUGAGAAAUGGAUCAGAUUUGAUUUUAGAGGUGGCUUAUAGGUGUCGACAUGUUGUUCCUCAAAGGAACCUCCGAGCAACAUCUACUACAGAGGGCACAAUAGGUUUCCCCCC